GUUUUAAGCUUUCCUCUCCUGCGUAAAAACCACCCUGAUGCUCAUCACCACAGUUCUACUGAAUAAAUUAGGACUUUAUAACAACCCUGACGUCCAUCCUGUCACCAAGAAGAUGACAUUGAACAUAUUCUCGUGCUCUGAAGUAUUCAACUCAUAGAACAAACAUUUGGAGCAGGCGCACUUUCUGUCGCCAAGAAAUUUCGUUCAAAAAAAAAAAAAAAAUGUUUAUUAUAAGCGCUAUCUACAAAUUUUUCUUCGUUCGUUGAAGCUUUUUGAUUUUUAUUAACUGUGACUCUCUGGCAGUAGGGGAUGACAGCUUUUGUUGCUAAAUAUUUAACCAUUGCAAUAAUAAUAACAAUAGUAAUACAGCAGUUAUAAUAUUAAACUUUUUCGGACCCUAAGAUAUGUUAUUGCAAUUAAAAAGGGGAAAUAAAAAAGUUAUGAUAAAUACGACAUUAGUUGAUCGGAAAAGAAGUCCAUCGGCGACUCCGGUAGGUCAAGUUUAACAAGAUAUUUAUGGAUGACGAUGUGAGGAGAUUGUUAUUAAAGUGUACAUUUAAAUUUUCCUAGCGAUGUCUAGUUGCAUUGGAGAACUAGAAGAUGCUAAACCACGUAAAAUGGAUUUCUCUCGUCCACGUGGUGCCACUCUUGCAGUACCUUCUGAUGUUUGCUGUGGAGACAGGCCACCUUAUAAAAAUCCCCAUCAUACUCAGAAAGCAUUCGAAGUUAUGAACAUUUUAAGAAAACAAAAUCUUCUUUGUGAUGUAACUCUGGUAGCAGAUGGAGUUGAAAUUGCUGCUCAUAAAAUGGUUUUAGCGUCCUGUAGCCCAUACUUCUAUGCAAUGUUCACUGGUUUCACAGAAAGUAAAGCUGAGAAAAUUACCAUUCAAGGUGUGGAUGGACAGGCUUUGCAGCUUUUAGUAGAUUAUGUUUAUUCUUCUGAAAUACAAGUUACUGAAGACAAUGUACAAGUUCUUUUGCCUGCUGCCCAUCUUCUGCAACUGACAGAUGUGAGAGAUGCGUGCUGUGAGUUUUUACAAGGUCAGCUACACCCUUCCAACUGCCUUGGUAUUCGUGCUUUUGCCGAUCUCCAUGGAUGCUUAGAGUUAUUGAAUUAUGCAGAUUCCUAUACAGAACAGCAUUUUGUAGAGGUUGUAGAAAGUGAGGAGUUCCUGGCUUUGUCUCCUACGCAAGUGUGCAAGCUAAUUUCCAGUGAUAAACUUGCUGUGCCAUCUGAAGAAAAGGUUUUUGAAGCAGUCAUGUCAUGGGUCAAUAAUGAUCUACCAAAUCGUCAAGAUUAUUUAGCUCAACUAAUGGAACAUGUUCGAUUGCCAUUGCUUUCACAAGAAUAUUUGGUCCAGAGAGUUGAAGAGGAGCCUUUAUUGAAAUCUAACCAUUUGUGUAAAGACUUUUUAAUUGAAGCUAUGAAAUACCAUCUGUUGAAAGGGGAACAGAAGAUCAUGUAUAAAACUCCUCGCACUAAACCCCGAACUCCAAUAGGCAGGCCAAAGAUACUUCUAGUUGCUGGUGGUCAAGCUCCCAAAGCUAUUCGUAGUGUGGAAUGCUAUGACUUUAAGGAGGAACGGUGGUAUCAGCUUGCAGAAUUGCCAACACGACGAUGUAGGGCUGGUUUAGCUGUGUUAAAUGGUUUGGUGUAUGCAGUAGGUGGGUUUAAUGGUUCUUUGAGAGUAAGAACUGUUGACGUGUAUGAUCCUGUUCGAGAUCAAUGGAGUCAAGCUCCUAGCAUGGAGGCACGGAGGAGCACAUUAGGUGUAGCUGUCUUAAACAACUGCAUUUAUGCAGUUGGAGGUUUUGAUGGGUCUACUGGUUUGAACAGUGCUGAGUGCUAUGAUGUCAGGGCUGAAGAAUGGAAAACUAUUGCACCUAUGAGCACUAGACGUAGUAGUGUGGGUGUAGGUGUUUUGAAUGGUGUAUUAUACGCUGUUGGAGGUUAUGAUGGAGCAUCUCGUCAAUGCUUGGGAACUGUUGAACAAUAUGACCCUGACACAGAUUCUUGGUCGCCUGUAGCUGAAAUGUCUGCUCGGCGAAGUGGUGCCGGUGUAGGAGUUUUAGAUGGACUUUUAUAUGCUGUAGGAGGUCAUGAUGGACCUUUAGUGAGAAAAAGUGUAGAGUGUUAUAAUCCUGAAACAAAUGCAUGGACUUCUGUUGCAGAUAUGAUGAUGUGUAGAAGGAAUGCAGGUGUGAUAGCUGUUGAUGGUUUGUUGUAUGUGGUUGGUGGUGAUGAUGGCUCUUCUAAUCUGUCAUCAGUCGAAGUCUAUUGCCCUAAGACAGAUUCCUGGAGCAUGCUGCCAUCUUUUAUGACAAUUGGGCGAAGUUAUGCUGGGGUUGCUAUUGUUGAUAAACCAGUGUAAUUCGAUUACUCUUUUCAUUUGUUAAUUUAGUGUACAUAUGUUUAUAUAAAUAUCUGUAUAUUUAUUCUUUUGUUUUUAAAAUUUUAAUUUUUUUUUAUCUUCAGAAACUUGUGAUGGCCUUAUGGAAAAGGCACUUCAGGUCACUGUUAAUAAUGUCAAAUUGUUAUCAAAAAUCAUGUGUUUGUGUGUAAAAUGUAAUUAAAAUUUAAGAUAAUUAUUAAUUGUAAUAUACAUCAAACAGUAGCUAUGAUUUUUAUUCUUAGAGAGUUUUUUAUCAAAAAGAAUAUAAACUGAAAAAGUAUUUUGCUAAAUGAAUUUUUUUUUAGUUAAAUACUUCAUAUGCUACUUUUUAUACAAGAAAAACAAAAGACAAAACUUAACUAAUUGAAAUGGCAAAGAAAUGCAUUUUUAAAGAAUGUUAAAGAGGUCAGCAAUCUAAUACCAUUCAAAAUAUUUAGUUUAAAAAUAAAAUUCUUAGUUAAUCAAAGUCUCUUUAAGGCUUAAGGAUUAUAGGUUUGCAAGAUUUAGAUUUUUUGAAUUUUUUUCACAUUGUAAAUUGGAUGAUGUUUAUUGAUUUGUGACAGUGGUGGAGCUAUUUAUAACUUCCCUUCACUUUUAUGAAGCAUGAUUGUGGGUAUAAUUUUUGCAUUUUGAAGUGAUAGCAUUUAUUUUCACAGAUUGCAUUUAGAACAUUAGACAUGGAAUAUUUAUGAUGAAAAAACGAAAAUUUGAUUUAAAUUUAAUAUUAGAUGAAGAUUUCAUUUAUGUUAAAUAUGAGAAGAAGAUGCAACUUGAAAUUUUGAAAACUUUGUUUUUAGUUUUGGUUUAGUUUAUAAAUUAGUUUUUCAAUAAAGUAUUUGAUAAAAGUAAAUUAUAUUCAUAAUAUUCUGAAAUUUUGCAGCACAUUAUUUACUUUAAAUUUUGCAUAUGGAAUAUGCUCAUGAAUAUUAGAGCAGAUUAAAAUAUCGUCUUCAUAUUCAGAUCAUUCCAUGCAAAAUACAAAUUAGAAAAGAUAAAAAUGAAUAAAGUAGGACACCUAGAAAAAUCUUUUAUUAUAGUUUCACCACUGUUUUCUAUUUUUAUUCAUUUUGAGUGAUCUUAUAUCUCUCUAUAUUUUCAAUCAGUGUAUAUGCUAGUCUAAUUUUAGAAAUUUUGACUUUGAAUUAUGAUUAUAAAACUGCACAAACUGUGUAUUUGCAUAUUAAAAUAGUUAUCUUAUAAUGAAUCUUUGCUGUUCCUUCUGCUUUUUAUCUCCAAUUUUGAAAGUUAAUGCAACUUAUUUCAGCUAUUGCAAUUCACCAUGUUGUUA